UAGGUAACUCAACACGUGAUAAGACAGUUGAGUUUGAGGAGUUCAAGAAUCAUUCCAGUGUAUUUAGAAUUAUCAAACCGGUUUCAUUCGUCAUUAAUAAAAGAAUAAAAAUAAAAAAUGUACGGGAAAAUUUUGCAGUCACGGUUAACAGUUUUGAAAACAUAUCAUUCACGAUAUAACGCGUUUGUUGUUCGAGAAUGUGCCGAAUUUUCGACGACCACGAGACAGCGACAAAAUUCAGGAAAAAGACUAGACAAGAUUCUGAUAGCAAAUCGUGGUGAAAUAGCGUGUCGUAUAGUAAGGACGGCUAAAAAACUUGGUGUGAAAACAGUGGCGGUUUACAGCGAUGCAGAUCGCGAUUCUAUGCACGUAGAGUUGGCAGAUGAGGCUCACAGAAUCGGACCAGCGUCAUCCACGGAAAGUUAUUUGAAACAGGACGUUAUUAUCGAAGUCGCUAAGCGUUCGCGAUCCCAAGCGGUUCAUCCGGGUUACGGAUUUUUAUCCGAAAAUACGGAGUUCGCCGAACUAUGUGAAAAAGAAGGAAUCACGUUCAUAGGACCCCCGGCAACCGCCAUCAGGGAUAUGGGCAUAAAGAGUACAUCGAAGGCUAUCAUGGCCGCCGCGGGAGUCCCGAUAAUACAAGGGUACCACGGAGACGACCAGUCGGAUGCUCGUUUGAUUUCGGAGGCCCGAUCGAUCGGGUUUCCGUUGAUGAUAAAAGCGGUUCGAGGUGGAGGCGGAAAGGGGAUGAGGAUCGCCCUCGAGGAAUCGGAAUUUUUGGAAGCCUUGAACGCGGCUCGUACCGAGUCCUCGAAAUCUUUCGGAGACUCUGCGGUUCUUUUGGAACGUUUCGUCGCCGAACCAAGACACGUUGAGGUCCAAGUUUUCGCUGACAAGCACGGAAACGCGGUUCAUUUAUUCGAAAGGGAUUGCUCCGUUCAAAGGAGACAUCAAAAAGUCAUCGAAGAAGCGCCCGCGCCCGGAAUUUCCGAAGAACUUAGGAGGGAACUAGGGGCUGCUGCUGUCAGGGCAGCUAAAGCGGUCGGUUACGUGGGCGCCGGUACAGUCGAGUUUAUUCUCGACAGACACACGCACAGUUUCCAUUUUAUGGAGAUGAACACUCGACUUCAAGUCGAGCAUCCGAUUACCGAAGCAAUUACGGGGACUGACCUGGUCGAAUGGCAGCUCAGGGUAGCGGCUGGCGAUAAACUUCCUCUGACUCAAGAGCAGAUUUCGCUAUCAGGUCACGCUUUUGAGGCCAGAAUAUACGCUGAGGAUCCUGAGAACGGAUUUCUUCCAGGUGCAGGAAAUCUCGCGUAUCUCGAGACUCCCGAACCUUCGGGAGACGUGAGAGUAGAAACGGGAGUCAGACAGGGUGACGAAGUUUCGGUCCACUACGACCCCAUGAUAGCGAAACUGGUGGUUUGGGGAAAAGAUAGAACCGAAGCGCUGGGAAAAAUCGAGGCAACAUUGUCUCAGUACAACAUCGUCGGGCUGCAAACGAACGUCGAGUUCAUAAGAAGCAUAGCUUCUCAUCCGAAAUUUCAAAGCGGUGACGUGCACACCAGAUUCAUAGAGGAUAACAAGGAUUCGUUGUUUAAAAAAAUCGAAAUCCGCGACGACAUCUUCAUCCAAGGUGCUCUCGCGGUGAUUUUAGAGGACGAUCAACCCCCGCGGAUCGACGAAGGUGUCAAUCUCACACCUUUCGCAUCCUUCAGGGGUUUACGACUCAACCACAAACUCGAACGGAGGUUGAAAUUCGUUGCCAAUGGGAAGGAAUCAAUCGUCGACGUCAAGUACGUCGGAAACGACCGAUUUUCCAUGAAGGUCAACUCUCAAGGACCCUGGAAAUCCGUCGAAGGUCACCUGAUCAGAAAUAACAACGUCCUUGAACUGCGCUCCGAUAUCGAGGGCCUGAAAACCAAUGCCAGGGUCGUUAACCACGGUGGAGAGUUGUAUUUGUUCACAAACGAACGAAAAUGGCAGCUAACAAUACCACCCCCUAAAUUCUUGGCGUCAAAAUCCGCCGCUGCCAAAUUGGGUAAUAUCGAUACAGCUGUCAGUCCUAUGCCAGGCGUCGUCGACAAGGUUCUUGUGAAACCAGGUGACUCCGUUAAAAAGGGCGACCUGCUUGUCGUAAUCGUUGCCAUGAAAAUGGAGCACUCUAUCAGAGCAUCGUGCGAUGGUUUGGUAGAGGAAGUUUUCUGCUCAUCGGGCGACAACGUCUCGCAAAAGAAACUAUUGGUCAAGUUGAAGGAAAACGCGAGUCAGUCGGAAGAUAAUAAAAAUUAGUCUUGAAUGAAUCUCAAAAUAAAAAUAUACUUUUCCCCUA